AUGGGACUAACCAGUAACACUGGGCUAUUGGCGAGCGUGCUGCAAAAGUCUGCAACGAAUAAACAAAAAGGAACAGAUAAAGUGAAGCUACGAUGCGAAGUGACACCAGCGCCGUUCAUGCUGCGCCCUUAUGCGGGCCUUUACAACCCUUUCUCGAACGCUUGUUCCGUUCUAUGCAACCAUCCAGCUGAUUCUACUGCUAAAGAGUUUGUCAAAAAAGCAAAGGAUGCAUGGUUUCUCGAAGGUAAGGGCCAUUGCUUUCAAGAAGACUUAACUAAGUUUCAAGAUCAAAAUGAAAAGGAAAAAAAUAGGACGCCACAUGAUAUUGUCACAGAAGAUAUGUUUAGGAGGUACACGGAAACAGAUUCACGACCUCUUACGCCAGCUCCGACUUUAGCGAGCGGCAAAUCCAGAGGUUCGAGAAGAUGCCUCACGCCCGACCAGCCACAUCAAAAGACGACUAUCGUUCUCGAUUUGAGGAGAAGCCAUAGUCAGGAAACUCUCUACUAUCAUGGUUACGCGACUUCAGAGAUGACCACAGGACACACGCCCAGCGCCAACGACAGGUCCACAUUACCGUCGCUCAAUCUAUCUGGCAGCACUCACAACCGUCUUGUGAAUGGUCAAUGCGAACAACUUCCACCGUUGGCUUCACCUCUAAUUUUAUCCAAAAGAACUACUAAAGACCCCAUUAGUGUGAGAAGUAUUAAAAAGAAUCAACUUAAAGCGUUAAAUAUAGGAAAAGCGCUUAAAAACAAGGCGAAAAGUGAAACACCGGCCUCCCAGCGUUCUGGGGGAGAAAAGGAUGUUAAUGAUGAUAAUGAAAAUAUUGGAAACGUUGAUGAGAACGGUGGUGAAGUUCGACGACGUGGUAAAAGACGGCGCAAGGGCAGACCUGGAGGUAGUGAUCGUUUGACCUCAGCUGGUUUAGCAGCCCAAGCUCAGCAGGAUCCUGAAACGCAAAUCGCAGGUAUAGUUACGGACUCCCAAAAUCCUAGUUCAAGAGGCUCAAUAUCUCAAGCAGUAGAGGAUGAUAUUAUUCUGCCGGUGAUCAAAGCCAGUGCAGCGAGAAAGACAGACUCAUUCCUUGAUGAUGAUAUUUUGAAGUAUUUACAUAGGGAGGUCGACGAAGAAGCUAUCGAGACAGAAUUCGACACAAAGCGUCGGUAUGUGCUAGAAGAAGCAUUACGUACUCGUCCUGAGCGUCCCUACUGUCAAGAGAUGCAGAAUCUUCUACGUGAGCUACGUGUACCGGCUGUCAGUUUGGGUGAUUGGCUUCACAUACCGAGAGUGUUUUCAAGACAGAAUGCUCAGUUCAGCUUGCCAAUCGACUCAAACGCUUUAGAAACCUUAACACCAAUGCAGUAUGCGGCUCGGUUCGUAGUAUUGAAAAAAUCAAAACAACUCCUUUACUUGACAGUCUUAAGAAAGUUCAGACAAAGAGGUUACAGGAUGCCAAUAAAAAACUUACAAGAGGGACUUAUGCUAAUGAUGGGUGGAAUACUUUCACAAGAACAAGCGAAACAGUUUGGUAGCAUCAUGGAAUGGGAUGAUUACGAAGAAGACGAAAACAUUCCUGAUGAGAUUAAACUCACUCUUCUCGACACGGGUUAUAGAAAAAACGAUCAUAUGGAAGGAGGUGAUACGGGCGAGUCUGAUGCACAAACGUUAAAAUAUAGAACUUGGUGCGGUCUAUGCGCAAUUUGCGAGCGAAUGUACGGGCGCUUUCCACCACGAGAGAAGGACCCUCCUGACGGUAUGGAACUCAGUGACUUUACUAUGAUAGAAACAAAGCUCGCUAUGUUAAAAGUACACUGUGGACUGAUAGAAGUACUAAAUACAAUUAGAAUACGAUAGUUUAUUAUUUAUUUAACUUACUUGAUAUAUUUUCGUAUAAAUGUUUGUACACGUAGUUUUGUUGAAAUAAA